GUAUCAUUUAGUCUGUGCACGUUGGAACAAGUGAACAUGUUGCGUGUUGUGGCUUACGUCUGCGCUCUCCUGGCACUGGCACACGGACAGACCACCAAUGUACAGUCGUGUACUUUCCACAAUGGACCUCUGCCGACAAACACGUACAUAGAAGGGUGUGUUAAUCCGCCAUGUGUCUUUCCACAAGGACAAGAUGCAGUCAUCAACAUCAAGUUCCGAGCACCUCACGCUGUGCAGAGAAUGACAAGUUUUGCGACAGCAUUUCUGUUGCAAUCCCUUGCAAUCCCUUACCCACUCGGAGAGGCCGCACAAACAUGCAGUUACCUCGCUAACAGCAGCUGCCCUCUGGACGAAGGCGAGGUGGUGCAGUACUCCCUCAAUAUGUUCAUCGAGUCUACUAUCCCUGCGGGAGUGAGCCUGCCAAUCGAGUUUAGGAUCGUGGAUGAUAACAACAAUACCCUGGUGUGUCUCCGUGUACCAAUCAUAACCGCAGCUCCUUUGUCGUCCGACAUGCUUGCUGGGCCGGCUUCUGGAGUCUAGAGCUGAUAUACAGUUCCAAUGGCACCUUAAUUUUGACCAAUGUAUUGUGUUUAUAUAAUGUAAUGUACAUAUGUAUCUUAAUACAAGUCGAAGUUAAAAUGUAAA